CUGGGAAGAUCUCACAUGCCCCAGCCAACUAAGCGCUUGCACCACAAGUACUACUGAGCCUGCACUUUAGAGCCCCAGCUGCACAAUAAGAGAAGCCAGAGCAGUGAGAACCCAUGCAUCACGAUGAAGAGCAGCCCCUACUCACAACUGGAGAAAAUCCGUGUGCAGCAAGGAAGACCCACGACAGCCAAAAAUAUAUAUAUAUAUUUUUAAUGUAACCUUGACUCUACGUCAACAUCAAGUGCAGAUGCCACCUCUUUGCUACAGCCUUUCCUGACCUGGACAUAAGCAAUCUUUCCCGUAAGCACCUUUGCUUCUUGGGUUGUAGAAAAGGCUAAAAAAAAAAAAGUGUACACAGCACCAUUAUGGUCCUUUUAGGGUUCAUCUAAAUUAAGAACCCUAGACUGGAAAUGCCACAGCAAACGUCAGAGUGAGGCUUAAAGACACUGCUGGGAAAGAUGCUCUUGUAUCCACUCCAUUUCACUAGGAAAAAAGGCAUAGGUAUGUGGACAAUAUGGUGCAGUCUAAUUCAGAUACACCUAGGUUCCAAGCUAGCCACUUAGCUCUGUGGCCAGGGCCAGCUUAUUGAACUUUCUAGGCCACGGUUUUCAGCCACUAGAUUGGGACGCUGUGAGGAGAGGCUAAAAGUAAAACAAGAUGGCGUCUCAGGCUCUUAAUAUAUAGAAUUCACUAAAAGGGGAAAAGAGACAACUGUGAGGUUGGUUUUUCCUACUAGCCUGUGAACUCUGAGAAGGCCAAAUAAACGCUGAACCAGUGGACACAGCUCAGAAGGCCCACCUCCGAGAUCAACUUUACGCCACGAGGGCGACAGCCUUUCCCGGUCGUGGAGCCUAACCUGACGUGGCGGGGCGGGACUUCCGGGAGGAGGCGGAAGCCGAGCUCUAGGCACCGGCGGGCAGAGGCGGCUGACACAUCGGUGGUCGCCCCCGGCGCCGCUAAAGGCUAGCAGGCAAAGCAGGCCCGGGCUCUGUUGCCAUCUUCCCGGGUCCCCGCGACGACGAUUUCUGUGCAAGGAUGGCUCGGGGCGAGCGGCGGCGCCGCGGAGCGCCGGCAGACGGAGCGCGCACGGCAGAGAGGGCGACUCGGGGAGGCCCCGCACGGCGGGAUGGCCGGGGCGGCAGGGCUGGGGGCGCGGCUCUGGCCGUAGUGGUCCUGUCUCUGGCCCUGGGCCUGUCCGGUCGCUGGCUUCUGGCGUGGUACCGUGCGCGGCGGGCUGUCAUGCUGCACUCCGCGCCGCCGGCGCUGCCUCCCGACUCUUCCAGCCCUGCCGUGGCUCCGGACCUCUUCUGGGGCACCUACCGCCCUCACGUCUACUUCGGCAUGAAGACCCGAAGCCCGCAGCCCCUCCUCACCGGACUGAUGUGGGCGCAGCAAGGCACCACCCCAGGGACCCCUAAGCUCAGGCACACGUGUGAGCAGGGGGACGGCGUGGGUCCCUAUGGCUGGGAGUUCCACGACGGUGUCUCCUUCGGGCGGCAACACAUCCAGGAUGGGGCCUUAAGGCUCACCACUGAGUUCGUCAAGAGGCCUGGGGGUCAGCACGGAGGGGACUGGAGCUGGAGAGUGACUGUAGAGCCUCAGGCCUCAGGUACCUCUGCCCACCCUCUGGUGUCCCUGUUCUUCUAUGUGGUAACAGACGGCAAAGAAGUCCUUGUGCCAGAGGUUGGGUCUAAGGGGCAGUUGAAGUUCAUCAGUGGGCACACCAGUGAGCUUGGUGACUUCCGCUUUACACUUCUGGCACCAACCAGUCCAGGAGAUACCACCCCCAAGUAUGGCAGCUACAAUGUCUUCUGGUCCUCCAACCCAGGACUUCCCUUGCUGACAGAGAUGGUGAAGAGUCGCCUAAAUCACUGGUUUCAGCAUCGGCCCCCCGGGGCUUCCCCUGAACGCUACCUCGGCUUGCCAGGAUCUCUGAAGUGGGACGACAGAGGCCCGAGUGGGCAAGGACAGGGACAAGGGCAGUUUUUGAUACAACAGGUGACACUGAAAGUCCCCUUUUCUGUGGAGUUGGUGUUUGAAUCAGGCAGUGCCCGGACAGGAGGCAGCCAAGCCCCAGAGCAGCUGACAGGCAGCCUGCUGACCCACACCCUGGAAGACCAUGCUGAAGCCUUUAGAGAGCGCUUUGAAAAGACCUUCCGGCUAAAGGAGAAGGGCCUGAGCCCUGAGGAGCAGGCUUUGGGUCAGGCUGCCCUCAGUGGCCUUCUUGGUGGGAUUGGCUACUUCUAUGGACAGGGUCUGGUGUUGCCAGACAUGGAGGUUGAGGGGUCUGAGCAGAAGGUGGACCCAGUCCUCUUUCCAUCUGUCCCUCUUUUCACAGCAGUGCCCUCUCGGUCAUUCUUCCCAAGAGGCUUCCUUUGGGAUGAGGGCUUUCACCAGCUGGUGAUCCAACGGUGGGAUCCCCAGCUCACCCGGGAAGCCAUAGGCCACUGGCUGGGGCUGCUUAAUGCCGAUGGCUGGAUUGGGCGGGAGCAGGUGCUGGGGGAUGAGGCCCGAGCCCGGGUGCCCUCAGAGUUCCUGGUGCAAAGGACAGCCCAUGCCAACCCUCCAACUCUGCUUUUGCCUGUAGCCCACAUGCUAGACGGUGGUGACCCUGCCGACUUGGCCUUCCUCCGCAGGGCCUUCCCUCGCCUGCGUGCCUGGUUCUCCUGGCUUCAUCACAGCCAGGCAGGGCCAGUGCCACUAUCUUACCGCUGGCGCGGCCGGGACCCAGCCUUGCCAACCCUACUAAACCCCAAGACGCUGCCUUCGGGCCUGGAUGACUACCCCCGGGCUUCACACCCUUCGGCCAGUGAGCGGCACCUGGAUCUGUGGUGCUGGGUGGCCCUGGGUUCCCGUGUGCUGAAGCGGCUAGCCGAGCAGUUGGGAGAGGCUGAGGCGGCUGCAGAGCUGGGCCUGCUGGCUGCCUCCCUGGAAGCAGAGGAGAGCCUGGAUGAGCUGCACUGGGCCCCAGAGCUGGGAGUCUUUGCAGACUUUGGGAACCAUACAAAAGCGGUGCAGCUGAAGCCUCGGCCCCCUCAGGGGCUGAUGCGGGUGGUGGGCCGGCCCCACCCUCACUUACAGUUUGUGGAUGCCUUGGGCUACGUCAGUCUUUUCCCCUUUCUGCUGCAGCUGCUGGACCCCAAUUCACCUCGCCUUGGACCCAUGCUGGAUGUUCUAGCUGAUCGGCGUCAACUCUGGAGCCCCUUUGGUUUGCGCUCUCUUGCAGCGUCCAGCCCCUUUUACAGCCAGCGCAAUUCAGAGCAUGAUCCUCCCUACUGGCGAGGGGCUGUGUGGCUCAAUGUCAACUACCUGGCACUGGGGGCUCUGCACUACUAUGGGCAUCUGGAGGGUCCCCACCAGGCCCGUGCUGCCAGGCUCCACAGAGAGCUCCGCGCCAAUCUGGUGGGCAAUGUGAGACGGCAGUACCAGGCCACAGGCUUCCUGUGGGAGCAGUACAGUGACCAGGACGGGCGAGGCAUGGGCUGCCGCCCUUUCCAGGGCUGGACCAGCCUUGUCCUACUGGCCAUGGCUGAAGACUACUGAAGGGGGAGCGUGGGAGGAGAAACCAGCCUGCUUAUUCCAUUCUGGACUAGAGGGACAGGUCUCUCACUUCUGCCCCUAGCUGUCAGAUACCAGUGCUUCAAACCCUCCUCAGCUCAUCUCAGGUGUCUCCUAACCGACAUCCCACCUAGCCCUGGGGUGAAUGUGAAUUCAGAGUCUAUUUUUCUAAAUAAAUGGGAAAACCAUG